AUGGCCAAAUCCCGCGUCCUCAUCGUCGGCGCUGGCGCCAUGGGAAUGGUCACAGGCUUCAUCCUCCAUCUCGCCGGCGCAGAAGUAACAUUCCUCGUUCGCCCGCACCGCGCGGAGGCACUCAACCAUCCCCAACGACUUUAUUACUACAAUGACAAUUCACUGAAGGAGUUCAAGGAGUAUACGUACCUCACCUACCCAUCUCAAAUUCUCGACAAGGAAUACGACUUUAUCGUAAUUACCCUUGACGGCGCUGCUCUAAAGAACGAGACUGGCCAGAGUCUAGUCAGGACCAUAGGCUCCGCUGUACGACAAUCGAAACACACGGGAGUCGUCCUCGGAACAGUGUUUUUCAACAUCCGUUCUUGGUUCCUGGAUGUAUCUGGCCUGCCAGAGGACAAAGUGACGCUCGGCUGGAUCACGAUCCGUGCCUAUUCCACUGCUGCCAUCACGCUUCCUUUGCAUCCACCCACAGACCCUGAGCUACUCUCCAAAGCCAGUUUCGCAUGGAUCGAUAAUCUGGGAAAUGGCUUCGGUGUCGACGACAGUGCUCCCAAAGUCGCAAAUGCGUUUGCGAAACUGUACAAUUCCAGCGGUGUGUCGACCUGCGGCAUCACGCCCAAGGCGCAGGCGGGGUCAUACACGAACCCCAUAUUUGCGAUAUACGCCGCUUGUGCUAUCCUCGACUGGCCUAGAUUCAAAGAUAUUGAUACGCAAGGAGAAAUAUGGCGUCUUGCGGUCGCAGCUGUAAAGGAAAUACAAGCUCUGAGCAUUCACGGAGAGCUAGGUCAACAGGCAGCACAGUCUACCACAGAGGCAACGAUGGCGGAGAGAUUUGCGGAUAUAGAUGCGAAAUUGCUACCCCUAGAUAAUAGGGCGUUCAAUCAGUAUCAUCAUGGGGGGAAAGUUAAUGAGCAGGAUACGGAGCAUCUUCGUGCUUGUCUUGCUUUUGGGGAGGAGGAGGGGAAGGAUAUGGCUGCGUUGAGGGAGCUCAUUAGAAAGGUUGAGAGUGUUUCUCGAUUUCACAUAUAA